AUGAAAAAAAUUAAAGAUUAAUUUUAAAAUACUAUUACACAUUAUUGGAAAAUAUACAAAACUGACUAAAUUUAACGAUUAUAUUAAAAAGGAAAAUAUGAAAAAAUUGCUUCUAAUUUAAAAACAUUUAGUUAAUAUAAUAAUAUAAAAAUAAAUGAAUAUUCAUUUAUAUUUUUUCUUAUUAGUGAAUAAAAUAAGUCUGCGAUUGAUAAAAUUCUUUAAAAGACAUAUUAUAAAGCUAAUAUAUUGUCAGAUUAUAAUAAUAAUUCAUAAAUAACUCCUUUAUCAUUUUCUAUUUUAAACAAUAUGUAAGAUAUGUCGGACUAUUUGAUUUAAUAAGGAGCUAAUUUACACUAAAAAAAUAAUGAGGGUAAUACAAUUUUACACAUAGCAUCUUUUUUAGGUAAUUUAGAAGCAUUAAAAUUUUGUUUAGAAAAAAAUGUUAAUAUAAAUGAUUAAAAUAAUAAAGGAGAUACUGCAAUUUUAUAUGCUAUUAUUAAAUAAAAUAUAGAAAUAAUAUAAUUUUUAUUAAAAAAUGGAGCUAAUAUAACAAUUAGUAAUAAAGAUGGAUUUUAUCCUAUACAUGAAGCAACAAUUACAGGAAAUAUAGAAAUUUUGAAAUUAUUAAUAAAUAGUUUAGAUUUUAUUAGAAGUUAAUUUCCUAUAUGUGAUCCAGUUCAUUUAGCUUCUUAAUUAGAUUCUGUUGAAAUUUUAAGUUUUUUUAUUGAAAAAGAUAAACAUUUAGUAAAUAUAUAAGAUAAAACAUAUAAUUAAACGCCUUUACAUUAUGCUGUAAAUGAAAAGAAAUAUGAAUGUGCAAGAUAUUUAUUAAUUAAUAAAGCAGAUGCUAAUUUAAAAGAUAUUCACGGAAAUACGCCUUUACAUUUUGCAACUCUAAAUAAAGAUUUAAAUAUGAUUGGUUUAUUAGAAGAAUUUGGUGGAAAUGCAUUAAUUAAAAAUGAUGAUGGUUUAAGUUGCAUUGAUGUUUGUUAUAUUGAUAAAGAUAUUAGGAUUAUUAAUUAUUAUAAGACUUUGAAUAAAUAUAGUUAGCAUUUUAUGAAUUUAUAUUAAUGA